AAAAGCUGGAUUUGGGGAUUCCAUCUGUGUUGUGGUUUAGAGAUUGUUGUAAAUGGAGAAAGACGAAUCUCAAAACCUUAGCAGGAGUCUCUUGCCACCUUCCGGUAGAACUCCAUGUUUUCCAGUAGCCGACGGAAACAAAGAAAAUUUGAAAACAGAGCAGUCAGGAUCAGCUAUGUUCAUCACAAAUGGGCCUGUAAUCGCCAUUGAAUUUGGUGAUUUCAGUCAUGAUAUAAGCAGAAUGCCUGAUUCCCCACCCAAGAACAUGGGCCACCGGCGAGUGCGUUCUGAAAUUGUUACUCUACUCGAUGAUAUCACCUUCGGUAGCGAUCUUGGUGUUGUAGGUAGCUUCGAUGGUCCUUCAUACUCCGAGAAUGAAGAAGAUUCAUAUUCUAUGUACCUUGACACCGAUAAGUAUAAUUCUUCAUCGGCAACAUCUGGUUCUCACCUCCCCGACUCAUCUAACGCCGCCCAAAUUUCAAACUCAUCAACAGCACCACCGCCGGAAAACCAUGUCUCUAGCUCCGACGACAGCUGUAGAUUUAAACAUACACAUAGUUUCUCCAUGGAUGGUCUUUCCUCAGGUCCAGAAGAGACAUCUUCAAUCGAUGCUAAGAAAACAAUGUCUGCUGCUAAGCUUGCUGAACUUGCUCUUGCUGAUCCAAAACGUGCAAAAAGAAUAUGGGCAAAUAGGCAGUCUGCUGUACGAUCAAAGGAAAGAAAGAUGAGAUACAUAACUGAGCUCGAAAGUCAAGUCCAAACACUCCAAACACAAGCAACCUCACUAUCUGCCCAAUUAACCAUUUUACAGAGAGAGACACACGGUUUAUUGGCGGAAAACACCGAACUAAAAUUGCGGUUACAAGCCAUGGAGCAACAGGUUCACGUACAAGAUGUUUUAAAUGAAGCAUUGAAGAAGGAGAUACAUCAUCUGAGAGUAGUUACAGGACAAAAUGUCAUUAAUGGUGGUCCGAUGAUGAACUUCCCACCAUCUUUCAGACCAAACCACAAGUUCCACCACCCCAACAACCACCCCAUGCACACACUCUUAACUGCACAACAGAUUCAUCAACUUCAAAUUCAGUCACGAAUGCAACAACAUCAGUUUCAACAGCAACAGUUCCACCAAUUUCCGCAGCGGCAACACCUCCACCAGUCUCAGCACCACCCAUCUCCGCCACAGCCGCCAGGACAGCGGUUGCCGGAAAAUAGUGAUUUGAAAAAUAGCAGCUCCUUGUCAACAUAGAAUCUAGGUUGGUGAAUAGGGUGGAUAUUUGGGUAAUUCUUCUUAAAUUUUAGAU